AUGGACGCGGUGGAGUCCUCAUCGCCCUACUCGCCGCCCUCGCUGCGCCACAAGCUGCGGACCACCGUCUGCGGCUGCUUCGGCUCACCACCGUCACCAGUAAGCGGCGGGGAGAGGCCGCACACCGGUGGCGGCAGGGCCAGGUGGAGGAGGCGCGUGACGAGGGAGUUCAGGUACGACCCGCUCAGCUACGCGCUCAACUUUGACGACAACGGCGACGCCGACGCAGAGGACGCCGCCUUCCAACACCGGAAUUUCAACUUCCGCCUGCCGCCCUCAUCGGCGCCGGCCUCUCGAGCCGUCGUCAUCGCCUGA